CAUCAUUCAACUCUUUAAAAUGUAUAUGCCACCACUCACCCACUCCAUAUCUGAAGAAUCUCAAGAGUCUCAACCAAUUUUCAUCUCAACCCAGCAGCAGCCCACACUCAAAAAUAAAACUCUAUUCUUAUUAGUUGAUUACUUCUACAAUAUGCAAAGGAUUCCUCACAAAUCACAAGCUGCACAAAGGCUACAAGUACCAGCUGGGAGGUCAUCACUCAAUAGAGACGCCAUGGAAGGACAUCGUGGACUACGAAAGAAUAACAAUUAUGCCGUAUCAUCAUCUCCUAGGCCUCGGCCGGUUUGCACUUGCUCGAACCAUCCGGGGGCGGUCAAGUGUACCCGUCACGGCUAUGCAGUGCCUCAUACGGAGACAUUGAAGAAGCGUAGUGCAAGAAAAGAGGUAUUGAGGAGAGCAUUGACACCACCACCACGCAGGUUGAGCCUCCGGUGGUUUAAUUUCAGGCCAACACCAAGUCGACUCUCGAACAUGUCUGUGGCUAAUUAACAUUUUUUGUUUUUGUAGUUCUUUGUUUGGUUAAUUAGUCCGGGUAUCAUCAAGUAUAUAUGGCUGCAAAUCUAUUUCAUAUUGUUACCAAAAUAGCAACGAUAAAGGGAUUGGAUAUUGAGAGUUCUGUCCUACACUUUUUCUUUGUAAUUACCAAAAAGAAGAAAAGUAAGUCUCCUAUUUUUUAUUCUCUUUUUCUUUGUAUGUAAAAAAUAUCACCUCCAAACAACCUGCUUUCCUUUCGCAUAUGGGUGUAGCCAGGAAUAAUUACUUGGCGGUUGGAUUGCAAUAAAGAUAUACUAAAAUAUAAUUCAACCAAUUUUCAUGUGAUUCAAACCACGAAAAUUGAAAACUACAACGAUAAUUUUUCAGUC